UUCCUGUGCUCUUGCAGAGACGCGCGUUGUCGGGGCUUAACGCGUUUCAAGGGUAUUGGAGGCCCAGCCUCAGGCAGUUCUGACUUGAGAGCCGGCCUCAGGCGCAUGGAGGGCUCCCCGGAGAGGGAAGCGCCCGCAGCGGCGCUGGCUGCCGUGCUGAAGCACAGCUCGGCGUUGCCGCCUGAGAGCGCCCAGGUGCGAGGCUACGACUUCAACCGCGGCGUGGAUUACCGCGCACUGCUGGAGGCCUUCGGCACCACCGGGUUCCAGGCAACCAACUUCGGGCGCGCGGUGCAGCAAGUCAACGCCAUGAUCGAGAAGAAAUUGGAACCGCUGUUGCAGGAUGAAGACCAGCAUGCAGACCUGACCCAGAGCCGCCGCCCCCUCACUGGCUGCACCAUUUUCCUGGGAUAUACAUCCAACCUCAUCAGUUCAGGCAUCCGUGAGACCAUUCGCUACCUUGUGCAGCACAACAUGGUGGAUGUACUGGUGACCACAGCUGGAGGUGUGGAGGAAGAUCUCAUCAAGUGCCUGGCACCCACAUACCUGGGCGAGUUCAGCCUCAGGGGGAAGGAGCUCCGGGAGAAUGGGAUCAACAGGAUCGGGAACCUGCUGGUGCCCAAUGACAAUUACUGCAAAUUUGAGGACUGGCUGAUGCCCAUCCUGGACCAGAUGGUGCUCGAGCAGAACACAGAAGGUGUAAAGUGGACGCCUUCCAAGAUGAUCGCCCGGCUUGGCAAGGAGAUCAACAACCCAGAGUCAGUGUACUACUGGGCCCAGAAGAACCACAUCCCUGUGUUAAGCCCAGCACUGACAGAUGGCUCGCUGGGUGACAUGAUCUUCUUCCACUCCUACAAGAACCCAGGCCUGGUCCUGGACAUUGUUGAAGACUUGAGGCUCAUCAAUACGCAGGCCAUCUUUGCCAAGCGCACUGGGAUGAUCAUCCUGGGUGGGGGCAUGGUCAAGCACCACAUCGCCAAUGCCAACCUUAUGCGGAAUGGGGCUGACUAUGCUGUCUACAUUAACACAGCCCAGGAGUUUGAUGGCUCAGAUUCAGGCGCCCGGCCAGACGAAGCGGUGUCUUGGGGCAAGAUCCGGAUGGAUGCGCAGCCUGUCAAGGUUUAUGCUGACGCCUCCCUGGUCUUCCCCCUGCUUGUGGCUGAAACUUUUGCCCAGAAGGUGGAUGCCUUCACACCUGAGAAGAACGAGAACUGAGCAGCUGUGGCCCUGGGAGGCCUCACCCUUCCUAUAUUUAUUACUUUGUAGAACCAGUCUUUCCCCCACUCCUUGGCCAACAGUGUCUCUAGAAUAAACGGUCUCAGUGGUUCUU